AUGGCGCUUUCCCAGCCUGUUCUAUCGUUCCUGAGACCUUUGGGACCCCCUAAUCCGUCUUCCUUCCGACAUCUCCUCCGCUUUUCCACCGCCUCGCGUUCAAGACUUGAAGCAUCUACAUCACCUCUUUCGACUCCGGCCACCGCGGCUUCAAUCUCCUCAACUCCCUCACCUACACAAUCUCGCGACGCCGACAUAGCAGCAGCAGAAGCAGCAACAGACGCGGACAAUCCCACAUCCCCAAUACCUUCUUCAAAGGCGCUACCUUCGAAAAGAUUCCCCAGUCCAGCAUCCCAAACACAGAAAGAGCUCAGAUUCCAUGUCGCCCGGACGCCAUCGAACUUCCUCCCAGUGUACAAGGACGCAAAAGCCGGUGGAAACAAGCAUUUGACGACAGUGAGGAAGAUUAGUGGUGAUGCGACGCAGCUGAAAGAUGAGCUCAGUGAACUGUUGGCUCUACCGAAGGGGCAUGCUUUCAUAAACCCGGUGACAGGGCACGUUGUUGUGAAGGGCUGGUAUAAGGACCAGAUCGUCAAAUAUCUUGAGUCGAAGAACUUUUGA